GAGUCCAUCCCUGUGCAAUGCUGGCUACUACGUGGGCUACGCAGUGAACUCUGACUCGACCAGGCCGCCGUCUUCAGACACAUGGUUCAUGGACUGUCGCAAGGCAGGAUGGCAAGAGUUAACGAUCGACCUCCUCCCGCUUGUGGAAGAGAAGAUUCCAGGCAACGUGUUCGACAGGCUCAACUCCAGCUUGCAAGUUACCAGCAGUCUGUGCCCGGAGCGAAAACUUCUUGCCAACAGCGUCUUCGAGCUGCAAGGGGAGACGGACAGUGGAGCUCCGCUCUACAGGUCGUCGGACGGCACCUACCUUUACCAUGGUCCACACUGCGGUAUCGGACAGACUGGGAAGAAGUGGGUCAUCAGCCCUGCACUGUGUACGCAAGGCUUCGACUAUGCCUACAUCCUGUCAGAGGAUGAGUCUGGACCACCGCUGUCAUCCUCUGCAUGGUCCCUGAAUUGCGGAAGGAGCGGAUGGUUGCCUAUGGGGAUUGAGUUCAGCCCCAUCACACGGUACGGCCGCAUCAAGACGCCCAAGGAGUUUUGCUUGCAAGCUUGGCACGGCGACCCGCUGUUGCAGCCGUGCACAGCUGACUCGUCUCAGCUGUGGAUCUAUAAUGGUACCAGCGGCUUGCUCAAGGAUCGUCAUGGCGAAUGCCUCGAGGCGCCCAUCGUUGGUGCGUUCCUGACGCAGCCAGUGGGCACCCCGGUUCGCACGGCGGAAUGCGACCCUGACGAGCCCAGUCAGCAGUGGGAGCAACCUGGCCUGCAGGUGAAGCUGCGGAAGGGAAACUGUUUAGACGCCGCCCAGCCUGACACAGUGGGUGGACGCGUGCAGUCUUUCCCAUGCCACAUUGGCAACGACAACCAAGUUUGGGUCUUCUCUAAAGAUUAG